AUGGUGUCUGGCUGGAGCAGCAGCUGUCAGGCUUGCCUGGAGAAGCAUCUUUUCUUCAACAUGUCCAUCCUGCAGCCUGUGGAGAUGCUAUCUCUGGCUCAGCUGGAAAUCAAGCUCCACUGGAAGCCCCUCAGAACCGUGCAGCUGCUGCAAGGGUCCCAGGCCAUUAGUGCCUCUCUUUAUAAAGUGAUCCGAUCGACUUUGAAGGGAACUAAUCCCAAGGCGAACCGCAGACUCCUGCUGUCCCAGUCGGUCCAGCUGCAGCCCGAGUCCACCUCCAUCACCAUGGAUCUGACAGCGGUGGCAGAGAGCUGGCGCAAACCGGGGUCUAACUACGGCUUAAUUUUCGAGUUGCUCCCUCUCGGACCAGACCCGGAACAGUUCUUUCCGUUUUACCCCGGUAACUCCCUCCCGCUGGAACAAGCCUUCACCUUCCCGUUGGUUCAGGCCUCACUAGUGGCUGUGUCCCUCAACCCAAAUCGGUGUCGGUCCAGACGGAGGAGAAGCGCCAUCCACAUCCCCGUGACACCCAGCAAUGUGUGUAAAGCUCGCCGCCUCUACAUCAGUUUUAAAGAUGUCGGCUGGCAGGACUGGGUCAUCGCCCCGCAGGGCUUCAUGGCCAACUACUGCCACGGGGAGUGUCCGUUCCCGCUCAGCGAGAGCCUGAACGGCACCAACCAUGCCAUCCUGCAGACCCUGGUGCAUUCCUUGGAUCCGGAGAACACGCCACAGCCCUGCUGCGUCCCCAUCCGUCUCUCCUCGAUCUCCAUGCUCUACUACGACAAAAACGACAAUGUGGUGCUUCAGCAUUACCAGGACAUGGUGGUGGAUGAAUGCGGGUGUCGCUGAAGAUGCUGGACGCUUCUGAUUGGCCUCUGGUCACCAGAUGUUAUCCUCUGAUUCAUUUAGCUGCUUUGUCCAGUGAUGCGA